AUGGCCGCCCUAGCAACCGGACGGUGCGCUGCUAAACACUGCUCGCAGGGAGAGGGGGACUCCAGCAGCGCCCAGCAGCUCUGCAGAUCACCUCCUGUCAGCAGUGACAGGCAGAAAACGGCACAGUUUCUCAGGGAAGCCGAGAAAAUCAGGAGGCAGAUUGAAAAGUUGGAGAAAGAGAGGACGCUGAGUGUUCAGUGCAGAAAGAAUGGCUGGACAGAUUUGCCUGGAGAACUGGAAGAGUAUGAGAACGUCCUGGUAGGAGAAAGAAAUGCUGAAAAGAUGAAUCUUCAAAAGCAGCUGGUGAAGAUUCAUAAUGGUGUGAGGAAAUUUCAGAGAGAACUAACAGAUGUGAAGCCAACACCUGAGUUGAUUGAAAGACUGAAGGAAAUAAUGUCAGAGGUGGAAUUUUAUAUUAACACCCUAAAGGAGGAACAGCGUUCAAGCUUUGAGGAACUGUUGAAGGAGGAGAGGACGUGCAGACAGGAGAUCACUGCAUAUGACAAGAAGAUUGAAAACUGGAGCCUUGCUGUCAAAUCAGACCCCAAACUACCCAAAACCCCCACCAUCAAGACCAAAUCCCCGGACAGUGACGUUCCUGCAGAGGUCAGAGCACUGGAGGCUUUCCUGCUGAAGACAGGAGGUCCUUGUGGUGGCUGGGACCAGUAUGACCACCAAGCCUUCCUUAAAGUCUGGACAAAGCACAGUGGGCGACCAGCUUACAGGAAAGAAGCCAAAGUGUACCUGCCGGGUAAAACACUGGAGGAGAUUGAGCAACAUGAAGACUGGCAUCAGGAGCUGAUUCACCUACAGGACAGAAAGAGAGAGGCUAUUCAGCGGUGGAAAGCAAGCAAACAUCAGGAACGCCAGACCAGAAUACAGAGUCAGGAGGAGGCGGAGGAGGCUGAGGCCAAGAGCCAGUCCCACCAACACAGGACUGAGGAGGAGAGGAGAGAGGCGGCGCGUCGACUGGAGGAGUGGAGGGAAGAGAAGAGGAGGAACGAGGAGCAGGAAGAGGAGCAGAGGCUGGCGGAGGAGAUACAAAAGAGGAAACGGGCAAAGGAAGAGCGCCGCCGCCAGCUGGAAGUGAAGCUGACCAUUGAGGAGCAGCUGCGACUAAAGAGAGAGGAGGAUGAGGAGCAGAGGAGAAGGAGGAGACAGGAGGAACAGAGGGAGAUGGAGGAAAGGAGAAGGGAGGCAGCAAAGGGCAUCAAACGCUUUAAUGAAAGGGAUAUUCAGAAGGUGGAGGCAAAGCUUCAGGAGAAACAACUGAGAGAAAAGGAGGAAGAAGAAAGACAGAAGAGAAUCACUGCUAAGUUGAAGGAGAAGGUGGACGGUCACAUCAGCAGAGACCCCUCCAGACUUACUCGUCCAACUAAGGGAUGGGAGGAGCGAAUGAAACACAUUGGACCUUCAGGAGGAGGGCCAGUGUCACAGAUGUUUCACAGAGCUGUUCCCACUUGGAGACAAGGCCUGUGAUGAGUUGCAAUUGAAGUCAGCCGAACAGUCUUGAAAUGCAUUGCGUUUUAAAACUAUCAAAAUUAAUGAAAAAAGCAUCAGCACACCCAAAUCUGUGCAAAAUUCUUUAUAACAAAGCAAGCUUUCAGUCAGAAACCUUCUUUAAGGCAUGCUGUUUAUGCCUUGAAAAGGCCUCUGACAGAUUUAAAUGUGUGGAAGCUUUUUGCAUUUAUUUUGAUAGAAAUGUGAUUAAAUUAAAAUUUAUGCAGUUGGA